AAUUUAACAUUAACUAUAAUAAGGUUACAAAAGGUAAUCUACACGCUUCCUCUCAUCCCAUAAAACGACCUCCAAACUUCUAGCUUCUCUGGGAAAACACUUACACACACCACACCUUCUUCUAAUUUCCCUGUACUAAUCACAAAUUAUCUGGUUCUAAGAAACACCUUGCUUCUUUAAAUUUCCGGACAAAUUAAAAUUCCAAUGGCUGAAAAAAGCAAGAUUCUGAUCAUCGGAGGUACCGGCUACAUCGGAAAGUUCAUAGUUGAAGCGAGCGCCAAGGCCGGCCACCCCACAUUUGCUCUGGUCAGGGAGACCACGGUCAACGACCCUGUUAAGGGAAAACUCAUUGAGAAGUUCAAAGACUUGGGUGUCACUUUGCUCUACGGAGAUCUUUAUGAUCAUGAGAGUUUAGUGAAGGCGAUCAAGCAGGUUGACGUGGUGAUAUCGACUGUGGGCCACUUUCAGCUCGCGGAUCAGGUCAAAAUCAUCUCCGCCAUUAAAGAAGCUGGUAACGUUAAGAGAUUCUUCCCAUCAGAAUUUGGUAACGACGUAGAUCGUGUGCACGCGGUGGAGCCAGCAAAGUCUGCAUUCGCUGUCAAGGCCCAGAUCCGACGUGUCGUGGAGGCCGAAGGAAUUCCGUACACUUACGUGUCGUCUAACUAUUUCGCUGGCUAUUUCCUUCCCACAUUGGCUCAGCCUGGACUCACUGCUCCUCCUCCCCCCAGAGACAAAAUAGUCAUCUAUGGCGAUGGAAAUCCCAAGGCGGUUUUCAACAAGGAAGAGGACAUUGGAACAUUCACCAUCAGAGCUGUGGAGGACCGAAGAACCUUGAACAAGAUCCUCUAUAUUAGGCCUCCAAAGAACACUUACUCGUUCAAUGAGCUCGUUGCCCUGUGGGAGAAGAAGAUUGGCAAAACUCUUGAGAAAGUCUACGUUUCAGAGGAGCAACUUCUCAAAAAUAUCCAAGAGUCUCCGAUGCCAAUCAAUGUGGUGUUAAGCAUCAACCACUCGGCGUUUGUGAAGGGAGAUCAUACCAACUUUGAGAUUGAGCCGUCGUUUGGAGUUGAGGCUUCUGAGCUUUAUCCGGAUGUCAAGUACACCACUGUGGAGGAAUAUCUCGACCAAUUUGUUUGAGAAAAUUGGAAAUACACGCUCUUGUUAUGUUAUCCUACAUAAAUAAGUACACUUUCGUUGCUAUUUGCGCGGAGUGCUUGUACUGAGAUAUCAUCACUACUAUAUAAAAGAGUAGAAGUGCCAAACACUGUAGCGUUUUGCUUGUCCAAAACCCACAGCUUUGGUAAUUUCUCUUCUUUUUUUUUUUUUU